GCAUAAAGGGUUAAUUUAGUGUUCCAAAAAAUAAAUUAUAUAAAAAUUAUAUCUCUAUUGCUUCUAAAUAGUAUAUAAUAUUCAAUUUUUCAUUUUCUAAUUGCUUAUUAUUAAAUAUUGUUCUCUUUUCCUUAAAAGAAAGUUCUUUUUUGCAAUAUACCUGAUAUUUAUUUUUUAUUUUUCAACUUCAAUGUGCAUAUAUAUAAAUUUAAUAAAAGUGUAAUAAUAAAAAAUAUCAAGGCAUUGAUAAUGGAUUUUUAAGGAUUAAAAACAUAAUUUUACCUUUAUAGCUUUUAUAAUCAAAAUUAUUUAAUAAUUUUAAAAUAAUUUUUAAAAUUGCUAUUUAAUUCUUAUAUUUUAUUACAACUAAUUAUUUAAUUGUUCUAUUUCAAAAAUGCAUUAAUGAAUUAUUAUUGUUUUCUACCUCCGUCUUGGGCCAACCUGGCAAACUUGACGCAGAAGAACCGCCGAAGGCGUGGUUGCUUAGCAUGGACCGAAGAGCACCAGAUUAAAACACAACAUUCCCGAGGAUAAGUAUGUUUAAUCAAUGUUAAGCCCCAAUCAGCAUGCAAGAUGGCAGUGGCUAAUUAGCGAUUAGGGUUGUCUUAGGGGCUUCCUUCCUUUCAUCCAUCAAUGGCUCAAUCAAUGGCCGAGGAGCAGACGUCGGUGAGAUCUACUGGCAGGGUCGUCAGGUUCAGUGAUAGGAAGGGUUUUGGCUUCAUCAAGCCCGAUGAUGGUGGCGAAGAUCUCUUCGUCCAUCACACUGCUAUUAAAUCCGACGGCGGUUAUCGCUCUCUUGCUGAGGACGAUAUAGUUGAAUUCACUGUCUCUCUCUCUGCUGAUAAGUACCAAGCGAUUAACGUCACUGCCCCUGGUGGUGGUCCCAUUCAAGCGGCUGCCAAGAGAGGGGAUGCUUCAGCCAAACGUGGCGGAUUCGGAGGUUCUUGGAAUAGGAGGAACAACGGCGGUUAUAGUGCUGGUGGUGGAGCCGGUUCCGGUGGUGCAGGUUGUUAUAACUGUGGGAGCUCUGGUCAUAUUGCUAGGGAUUGUAAUAAUCGAGGCAGUGAUAAUAAUAAUGGUUGUUUUAAGUGUGGGAAUUCGGGACAUUUUGCAAGGGACUGUCCACGAUCGAAUAAUGGUGGUGGGGGUGGCAGUGGCGGCGGCAACGGUGCUUGCUUUAGCUGCGGAGGUUACGGUCACUUGGCUAGAGAUUGUCAUGGUAAUGCCGGGGCCUGCUAUAACUGUGGGGGUUAUGGCCACUUGGCUAGAGAUUGUACAAGUGCUAGGGGAGGUGGCAGACUUGGCGGCAGCAGUGGUGGUGGAUGCUUCAAUUGUGGGAAGGAAGGGCAUUUUGCAAGGGAGUGCCCUAACAACUCGUGAUUGAGGGAAAGAAAAAGAGUACAUAUUUCUCUCUCCUUUUUUAUUAUCUUCGCUGGUGGUCUUUUUUGGGAUUCUGCUUUUAUUGUCCCCCUCAAUUUAUACAUAGAAAUGUGUUGAUGCGAGUGGGUAAUCCUCUGUUUGUUGGAGGGAACUUUCCCAGUUUUGACGAAUUGUAUGUGGUGGUUCGGAUCAUAAAAAAUCAGGCUUUGUUUUCAUGAACGUUUGUUAAUGUUCUAAUGGAGGCUUCUCAUUUUUAUCAA